AAAAUCAAAGUACCAGCACCACAGACAGUACUGAAGAAGGAAAAGCGGCAGAGUUCUUCAAGGUUUAAUGUUAGCAAUAACAGGGAGCUUCAAAAACUGCCAGCUUUAAAAGGAAUACAUUGCCUUGCCCGCCGGAGCCUAGAUGUUGACAUGUAACAGAGCUGGCAGCAGGAUGGUGGUUGACGCGGCCAAUUCCAAUGGGCCCUUCCAGCCCGUGGCCCUUUUGCAUAUUCGAGAUGUUCCUCCUGCUGAUCAAGAAAAGCUUUUUAUCCAGAAGUUACGACAAUGUUGUGUACUUUUUGACUUUGUUUCUGAUCCACUAAGUGACCUAAAGUGGAAGGAAGUAAAACGAGCAGCUUUAAGUGAAAUGGUAGAAUACAUCACACACAAUCGCAAUGUGAUUACAGAACCUAUUUACCCUGAAGUAGUACAUAUGUUUGCAGUUAAUAUGUUUCGAACAUUACCACCAUCUUCCAAUCCAACGGGGGCAGAAUUUGAUCCAGAGGAAGAUGAACCAACCUUAGAAGCUGCAUGGCCUCAUCUACAGCUUGUUUAUGAAUUUUUCUUAAGGUUUUUAGAAUCUCCAGAUUUUCAACCUAAUAUAGCUAAGAAAUAUAUUGAUCAGAAGUUUGUAUUACAGCUUUUAGAGCUUUUUGACAGUGAAGAUCCUCGUGAAAGAGAUUUUCUUAAAACAACUCUUCACAGAAUAUAUGGGAAAUUCUUAGGCCUAAGAGCUUACAUCCGGAAACAAAUUAAUAAUAUAUUUUAUAGGUUUAUUUAUGAAACAGAACAUCACAAUGGCAUAGCAGAAUUACUGGAAAUACUGGGAAGCAUAAUUAAUGGAUUUGCCUUACCAUUAAAAGAAGAGCACAAAAUAUUCCUAUUGAAGGUUUUGUUACCGUUGCACAAAGUGAAAUCACUCAGUGUCUAUCAUCCACAGCUGGCGUACUGUGUAGUUCAAUUUUUAGAAAAGGACAGCACGCUUACAGAACCAGUUGUAAUGGCACUGCUGAAAUACUGGCCAAAGACUCACAGUCCAAAAGAAGUCAUGUUUUUAAAUGAACUAGAAGAAAUUUUAGAUGUUAUUGAACCAUCUGAAUUUGUAAAAGUUAUGGAGCCCCUUUUCAGACAGCUAGCCAAAUGCGUGUCCAGCCCACACUUUCAGGUUGCAGAGCGAGCAUUGUACUACUGGAAUAAUGAAUAUAUUAUGAGUUUAAUUAGUGAUAACGCAGCAAAGAUUUUACCCAUCAUGUUUCCAUCCUUGUACCGGAAUUCAAAGACGCAUUGGAACAAGACAAUACAUGGCUUGAUAUACAAUGCUCUGAAACUCUUCAUGGAGAUGAACCAAAAACUGUUCGAUGACUGCACACAGCAAUUUAAAGCAGAAAAACUGAAAGAGAAACUAAAAUUGAAGGAACGGGAAGAAGCAUGGGUUAAAAUAGAAAAUCUAGCCAAAUCAAAUCCCCAGUACCCAACAUAUAGUGACACGAGUUUGCUGAACAGUCCUGUUGCAAUGGAAACAGAUGGGCCUUUACUUGAAGAUUUGCAGAUGCUGAAAAAGACAGUGAAAGAAGAGGCUUGUCAGGCACAGAAAGAUCAGAAAAAAGAUCGUCCUCUUGUGCGACGCAAGUCAGAACUGCCUCAGGAUAUCUAUACCAUGAAAGCCUUGGAAUCACAUUGCAGAGCUGAUGAAUUAAUAUCACAUGAUGGGCAUUAAACUAUUACAGUGAAAUACUA